AUGUCGCUGUCGCCCUCGGCUCUUUCCAGGAUCACAGGACGCCGUUGGGACAGGUGGCUGCACAGCCGCUGCCGGCCGUUUCUGGCCGGGGACACCUGGCGCUGCCCGUCGUGCUCGAGGACGUUGUACAGCCAAAAGUGGCUCUGGACUCUGGAGCGCGGCCUCCACGCGACAAAAACGUGCGCUCUAGGAGAAGACCAGCACGACCGACCAGCUGCGGAAGCUAGCGCCGCGCGGCAGACGGCUGGCAGUCCUGGCACGACGUCGCCGGUGCACACGCCUCCUGCCCGCCACGUUCCGGAGCGUGUGCAGCGCAGGUCGACGGACUCGAGCAGGUGUGCUGUGCUCCGGCCGCCGGUCUCUGCAUGGGCGCCACCUCUCCUCCCCGUACCCCCUCCAGAUUUUGCAGGCCGGCGACGUCGGCCGCCGGUUGGGUUGACAUCCGAGAGCGACGCGGCAGGGACGGAUCCCGCCGCUCGAGGACCACGCGACGCGACCAAACGCCGCCGCGCGCUCUCGGCUUCCCGGCCCCCGCGGGCGGCAAGUGCCCCGACAGAGACGGCGCUCCCGUCCCGGCGCGAGCAGGAGCCCCGCGGCCACCUGGCGCCCCGCGUGGCGGCGCUCCGGAGAACCGCGACGCCCGCAGGUGCGCUCGCGGCGAGACGAGGCGCCCAAGUUCACGUGCGCUUCUGCCGAUCUUUCGCGUGGGCAGGGCGGUGCGGUGCGCACGGGCGUCGUGCGACUCCGAAACGGCCGGGCCCCGGCCCGUUGGUCGGCCGGCCGCUUAGAUCCUGCCGUCGUCGGUCGGAAGCCCGGGAUGGACAAGUGCUGCUGGCGCGUGCUCCCGCUGACGACGGGUGUACGACGACGGUGCUUGGGCGGGCCGGGCCACUACUUUCCGCCCACUACUCGCGCCACGGGAUGCUGCAGCGAAGCUUCACGCGCCGUUCCCUUUCUCUGAAGCUCUUGGCCCUUCCCGUGACCGCGCGCCCUCUCCAAAGGCACUGGCGUCUCGAGAUCGCAAUGCUUCAGGCCGGAGAUGGUCCCGGUACGCUCCACGAAACCUCGUCGAUUCCAAGCACGAACGUGCAACCUGAGAUUUGGACGGCGAUUUGUGCGUGGCCCGUUCCAGUCGAUCUGACGCUCAAGCAGCGUGACGCAGCGCGAUUCGGCCAUGCGGCGCGGCGGCACGAACGGCGCCGCCUUGGGCACUCUUGGCCUAACGCACUUGCUGAUUGACCCUUGAGCAGCUCACGAGAUACCUGGCCACCAGUCGAACGGCAAAGGCAAAGCACAGACAGAAAGCAGGAUCUUUCGGAAACAAGCUGUUAGUAGUGGGUUUGACAGGUUCAAGUGGUACUUGUACUUGGUAGUUGGAGUGUACGUACCGAGCCGAUACAGUACAGAUAUACCAACCAUUCUCAUCGUACGGCCACUGCUGACAGUAGUGCGCCACCUUGUGUACUGCGUGUUUGGUGAGCCUGGCAGAGCAGACAGGGGAGCAGACAGAGCCAGGACUGCCAUGGACCGGGCCAACAUACAUGAGGCAGGCAACAGUAGGUGGUUUUGGCAGGUACAAACUAGAUGAAGCACUCCCGAAUCUGGAUUGCCAAAAAAAAAAAAACUACUUCCUAUGGCGAUGUAGAGCAGAUUGAGCAUGCCUGGGGACUUGGGGAGUGCUGACCUGACGGAGGGCGGAGCCGCGACGAGCCCAGGCGGCCGGCAUCGGGAAUGGAAGCCAGCCACGUUCCGAAACGGGAAGAACCAGGACAAGGCCCCCGGCCGUCCUCGGCGCCUGCCACCGUCACGGCGCCGAGCGCGCGCCGGUGGACGAACAGGUGGGUGGUGUCCCGCCGCAUGGGCGCCACCUAGUACAUGUGUGCCACGGCGACGUCACUGCAUGCGCCAUGCGCCAGUGCAUGCUGCUCCGACUGUGGGCAUGUACCAGUCCUACUCGGCCAGGUGGAGCGUAUCUGCGUCAUCCCAUAGCAGGAGGCUUGACUUCGAAUUUGUAGCCGGGGAAUGUACGAGUACACCCACAUGUGAAUUUUAUGCUCGACUGCUACGAAACGCCUCAUACGUUUCGAUUUCAGACACCUCUCUCUUCUGCAGCAU